AUGAGUAACCAAAAUAACCGAUCAAGAAACGAAUAUCAAGCCCACCCGGAAGAUGAGUCUUCCUACGAGCUACAAAACAACCAUAGUGGGCUGUUUCAGCCUUCAAAUGAAGAAUUAAUAAACAGAAAUCAAAGAUACACGAACCAUAAUACAAGUAUGGAUUCGUUCACGCCCGUACAAUCUUUACAAUUCCCAGAACAAUCCCGACAAACGGAUCUGCAGUACAACAAUCCUAUUAAUAAUAACGGUAAUGAGCAAGACAUUUACGGUGGUUUCGUUAACCACUAUCGUCAACGUCCGGUACCAGCAACGGCAGAAUAUAAUGACGUUUUCAACACUAACAACCAGCAACCAGAAUCAUUACAACACGAUCAUAAUAACAACAUCAUACCCUCAUAUCCGCUUCCGUCGAUAAACGUGAUUCAAACCACCCCAGAACUUAUACAUAACGGCACACAGCCGAUAGAAUCCCCCACCGAAAGGCCGUACUUUAACGAAAACGAUUACUACUAUAACAAUAGGAACUCCAGAGCAUCUCCGAGUAUUGCUUCCAGUGGGGAAGGCUACGCGGAUCAAGAAGCUAGACCCAUCCUGGAUCAACCCGAAAAUAACAUGAACAAUGGCAAUAUCCCACAAUACCAUCGCAAGGACGAAAACCUGGCGUAUCAUAACGGUUAUCAUGGAGUAGAUCCUCAGCAGUACUAUGAUGAUCCGGAAGCUGGCUAUAUCGAUCAAACGGGGGAUGACUACCAGAUUAACUCAUACUUGGGUAGAAACGGCGAGAUGGUAGAUCCUUAUGACUAUAACAAUCAUUUGACGCCUAUGGAACGUAGCGGAUACUUGCCUGAUGAUCACAGAUCUUUGAAUGGUGGAGAGGAUGAGGUGGAUAGUGUGAAAAGCGGAUACUCUCACAGAGACCUUGGUGAAUAUGACAAGGAUGACUUUUCCAGAGAUGAUGAGUACGACGAUUUGAACACUGUCGACAAAUUACAAUUCCAAGCAAACGGUGUGCCUGCAUCAUCUUCGGUAUCCUCUGCUGGAUCUGGAGAAUCGAAUUUGAUAGGCAGUAAUGAUAACUUAGUUGGAAAUAGAAUGCUCAAAAGAAGUGGUACUGAAAUUAGAAAGUUUAAGCUUUGGAACGGUAAUUUCGUCUUCGAUUCCCCGAUUAGUAAGGCUUUAUUGGACCAAUACUCAACCACCACAGAUAAUGCAAGUACCUUACCUAAUGAGUUUAAAUUCAUGAGAUAUCAAGCUGUGACUUGCGAACCCAACCAACUUGCAGAAAAAAGCUUUACCGUCAGACAGUUAAAGUACUUAACCCCGAGAGAAACAGAAUUGAUGUUAGUAGUAACGAUGUACAAUGAGGACCAUAUCCUGCUAGGAAGAACUUUGAAAGGUGCCAUAGAUAACGUAAAGUAUAUGGUAAAAAAAAAAAGAUCAAGCACUUGGGGGCCCGACGCAUGGAAAAAAAUUGUUAUUUGUAUCAUUUCAGAUGGUCGGUCUAAGAUCAAUGAACGUUCUUUGGCAUUACUAAGUUCAUUAGGUUGUUACCAAGAUGGGUUUGCUAAAGACGAAAUCAACGAGAAGAAAGUAGCAAUGCAUGUUUAUGAACAUACCACAAUGAUUAAUAUCUCAGAUGUUUCUGACUCAGGUGUAUCGUUGGAAUGUAAUCAAGGCACUGUGCCAAUUCAAUUAUUGUUUUGUUUGAAAGAACAAAACCAAAAAAAGAUUAACUCGCAUAGAUGGGCAUUUGAGGGUUUUGCAGAAUUAUUGCGUCCUAACAUUGUCACACUGUUAGAUGCAGGUACCAUGCCAGGCAAAGACUCAAUUUACCAAUUGUGGAGAGAAUUCAAAAAUCCAAACGUUGGUGGUGCAUGUGGUGAGAUAAGAACUGAUUUGGGUAAAAGAUUUGUGAAACUUUUGAACCCUUUAGUCGCGUCACAGAAUUUUGAAUAUAAAAUGUCCAAUAUUUUGGACAAAACCACUGAAUCUAAUUUUGGGUUUAUCACUGUCCUGCCUGGGGCAUUCUCUGCCUAUAAGUUUGAAGCUGUGAGAGGCCAACCGUUACAGAAGUAUUUUUAUGGUGAAAUUAUGGAAAAUGAAGGUUUCCAUUUCUUCUCCUCUAACAUGUAUCUUGCUGAAGAUCGUAUUUUAUGUUUUGAGGUGGUAACUAAAAAGGACUGUAAUUGGAUUUUAAAAUACUGCAGAAGCUCUUAUGCGUCUACAGAUGUUCCAGAAAGGGUUCCAGAGUUUAUUCUUCAGAGAAGGCGUUGGUUGAAUGGUUCGUUUUUCGCGAGUGUUUAUUCCUUCUGUCAUUUUUACAGAGUUUGGAGCAGUGGCCAUAACUUUGGUAGAAAGCUUCUUUUGACAGUUGAAUUUGUUUACCUUUUCCUUAACACGUUGAUUUCCUGGUUUUCUUUGAGUUCAUUUUUCUUGGUCUUCAGAAUUUUGACCGUUUCUAUCGCAUUGUCAUAUCAUUCAGCAUUUAACGUAUUGUCGGUCAUAUUUUUAUGGCUGUAUGGCAUUUGCACGUUAUCGACAUUCAUACUUUCAUUGGGAAAUAAACCUAAAAGUACGGAAAAAUUUUAUGUCUUAACUUGCGUCAUUUUUGCGAUAAUGAUGAUCUAUAUGAUAUUUUGCAGUAUAUUCAUGAGUGUCAAAUCUUUCCAAAAUAUUCUGAAAACCGAUACGAUCAGUUUUGAGGGUUUGAUUACUACAGAAGCCUUUAGAGAUAUUGUUAUUUCAUUGGGUUCCACUUACUGUCUGUACUUGAUCAGCUCAAUCAUUUAUUUACAGCCAUGGCAUAUGUUGACAAGUUUUGUGCAAUACAUUUUGUUAAGCCCUUCGUAUAUCAAUGUUUUGAACAUCUAUGCAUUUUGCAAUGUUCAUGACUUGUCAUGGGGUACAAAGGGUGCAAUGGCUGACCCAUUGGGUAAAAUUAAUACUACGGAAGACGGUACAUUCAAGAUGGAAGUUUUAGUGUCAAGUUCAGAGAUUCAAGCAAAUUACGAUAAAUAUUUGAAAGUCUUGAACGAUUUUGAUCCAAAGUCUGAAUCGCAAUCUAGUGAGCCAUCGUUUGGUGAAAAGAAAACCGGCUAUUACGCGAACGUUAGAUCACUCGUAAUUAUAUUUUGGGUCAUAACAAAUUUCAUCAUCGUUGCUGUUGUGUUAGAAACGGGUGGUAUUGCGGAUUAUAUUGCCCUGAAAUCCAUAUCAACAAGUGAUACUUUAGCAACAGCCAAAACCACAGAAAUCCCCUUAAUGACAAGUAAAGCGUCGAUUUACUUUAAUGUAAUACUAUGGUUGGUGGCAUUAUCUGCAUUGAUAAGAUUUAUUGGUUGUUCAUUCUAUAUGAUUGUCAGAGCUUUCAAAAAGAUUACAUCCCGUUAA